CGUCUUCGUUCCUGAAAUCAAACGGAAGGCAGCUGCACAGAAUAGACCGGCUAAAGCGCUUCUAAUUUUAGAUAAUUGCACCGCACAUUGCAGUAAAGAUAAGUUUCAAGUGGAUGACGCAGAAAUUCAGGUGAUCUUCCUCCAAAUGUGACAAGCAUUCUGCAGCCUAUGGAUCAAGGCAUCAUCAAUGCUUUUAAGGUUAUCUACAAAUCGAAUUUUCUGCGCCGUGUUCUGUUGGAAACUGACAGCGAUUGUCCAGUCACAGAAGUUAUCAAAUCAUUUAGCCUUUAUGACGCUAUUCAACUAGCGACUGAUGCGUGGGCCACUAUAACUCCAGAAACGAUUGCUAACUGUUGGCGCAAUCUCUUAAGUGUCAGUCAAGAUCAAAACUAUAACUCGUUCAACGAUUUCACAAUUUCAUCACCAACAAGUGACCCCCGCGUGUUGCUUUCUAAAGUAGUGCAACUCGUUGAUCCAAACUACGUACUGACCGAAGAAGAAGUUCAAGAAUGGCUAAGCAACUCAGACAACAUAGAUGUAGCGCAAAUAUAUACCGACGAGCAAUUGACCCAGUAUAUUGCCUCUGGUGGUGACUUUUUCGAGGCCGACCAUGAAGAGCAAGAUUGCGAUGCUAACGAAAGAGCUGAGGGUGAUCUUAGUACUUCGGGUUAA